AUGGCUGAUAGAAGAUGUAACUGGAGGGACACUUUUUUGGAUAAGCUCGAGCAGACGGGGUUAGGAUUAAGACAGUUCCCAACAGGAUUCGUUUGUCUCGUUGUUAAUGCUGGAGUAGUUCUCCUUAGCUCGGACAUGAUGCUGAAUUGCUUCAUCAUCUGUCGUUCCUUGAAGUGUACGGGCAAUGAUAAACUCCCUGUCCAUGUUAACGGGAGUCGAGAAUGCUUUGCUUCUCUCAGGAGUGGUGCCAUAUUACCAGGACAAUAUGGCUAUACCACAGAUGACAUUGAAUUUUACUGGCGUGGGGGUGAUAACGCGGUCACAGGAGUGACAAAGAUCGAGCUGCCACAGUUCUCCAUUGUAGACUACAAGCUUAUCACCAAGAAUGUUGUUUUCUCUACAGGUGCCUACCCAAGGCUGUCUCUCAGCUUUAAACUUAAGAGAAACAUUGGUUACUUCAUUCUGCAGACCUACAUGCCUUCUAUUCUGAUCACUAUCCUGUCCUGGGUUUCCUUCUGGAUUAAUUAUGACGCUUCAGCUGCAAGAGUUGCUUUAGGGAUCACAACUGUACUCACAAUGACAACAAUUAACACCCAUCUUCGAGAGACUCUUCCCAAAAUUCCAUAUGUGAAAGCCAUUGACAUGUACCUUAUGGGAUGUUUUGUCUUCGUUUUCAUGGCUCUGCUGGAGUAUGCAUUGGUCAACUACAUCUUCUUUGGCAGGGGACCUCAGCGUCAAAAGAAAGCGGCAGAAAAGGCUGCCAAUGCCAACAAUGAGAAGUUGCGAAUGGAUGUCAAUAAGGACAGAAGAAUAAUUGGCACAUAUCAUUGUCCAGAAAUGUAUUCAACAAAGAUGGAUCCACAUGAAAAUAUUUUGUUGAGCACACUUGAAAUUAAAAAUGAGAUGGCUGCCUCCGAGGCUGUGAUGGGGCUUGGGGACCCUAGAAGCACUAUGCUGGCCUAUGACACUUCAAGCAUCCAGUACCGGAAAGCUGGCUUACCCAGACACAGCUUUGGUCGCAACGCCCUGGAGCGACAUGUGGCACAGAAGAAAAGUAGGCUACGGAGACGUGCAUCUCAACUGAAAAUUACCAUUCCUGACUUGACUGAUGUAAAUGCCAUAGAUCGAUGGUCGCGCAUAUUCUUCCCUGUUGUUUUUUCCUUCUUCAAUAUUGUCUAUUGGCUUUACUAUGUGAACUAAGAAACAAAGCCACACAGGAAGCAAGAACUGGAUUUCUCUUCAAAUCGGUUGUACAGCCAAAAGUGGGACUUGGAAAAAUUCUAUUCAGGACAAAAAGUUAUUUUAAAACACCUUAGUUGCUGGCCCGCUCUAUGGUCUGGUUUUAUAAUGUUUUGGUUGUAUCCACUAAAUCAUAAAUACGUUAAAUUGCAGUAUGGACAUAUCCCCUUAUCAAAAUAUAAGUGCAUUUUGAGUGUGAAGGCAAAUUGGAUUUUGACAAUCAUUUCUGUCUCAUUGUCCCGCACUUUUUUUUUUUUAAUAGCCAUUUGAGUUUAGUGAUGCAAAUUAUAGAAUGGCAUUUGAGAAACAGGUUUGAAUUUCAACCGCAGAAACUGCAUAUCUGAGACAUGCAUCUACACUUCAGAAAGUGUACUAAGUUGUUAUCAUGCAUAUGAAACAUAUACACUUUACCUUUUAAAUGUGUAAACUUGAAAACAAGUAGUGCCUAUCAUCUUUCCAAGGUGAUGAUGGUCAGAGGUUUCCCAACCAUAUUCAGGUAUUUCCUGUUACUUAUUGAAAGAUCUAAACCUUUGACUGAUAAUAUUAGGG